UCUAAGAAACCGGAGUGCUUGUGUUUUAAAUCUAUUAUUAUUAUUAAAUACCUACUCAAAAUGGUUUCUGUCAACGUUUUCAUUGCUGUGAUGUUGUUUCUGAUGGGACUGGCAGUAAACCACGCAUAUCCAACUAAGGAAGCUUGGCCCGAACAGUGUAAAGGGAAGUCGUACUGCCACGUGCAACCAGAUUACUACCCAAAGGAGACGUUUGCGAAAAUUUUGGAUGGAGUGAAACUGCAGUUCCAGCAAGGGGGAGGGAUCGCCAACCGCAGCAGUGAAGAUGACGUCGCCAGCUGCAGUACUAUUAAGCUGUUUGACAAAAUUUAUCUGAUCUUGGACGAUAGCGACACGAUCCGGUUCGUCGCCCAGAACGAUGAUAUUUUCUCAUUCACGAUUCAAAUCGAAGAAUGCAGUUCACCUGGCCGAACACAUUCAUCUGCGUUGGACGAAGAUCACCUUCGAGAACACAGGGUAGACUGCUACGAGACCAGACUACCUUUCAUGUUCCCCGUGCUCUCGCUAGAUGGCACUAAACUGGAAUCUGUGGCGCCUAAGAGCGGAGUUCCUGUAAGCUGUUCUGCCAAAGUGAUAGCGACGUAGUUAAUAUUAUUUUUCAAACGAAUAUGGUUAGGUGGGCUGGUUCUCUUUCUGAGGAGUAUGGGCUGGAAUGCGGGGGGGGCUGUCCUCUCCUCGACUUUUCAACCUAUAUGUAAACGACCUUCUCGAGGAGCUCAGCAGUGCCGGCGUAGGCUGUUCUAUAGAUGGAAAGUUCGUUAAUAAUAUCAGUUACGCCGACGAUAUGGUGCUGCUGUGUCCCUCGGUAAGGGCUCUUCAGAUGUUAGUGGAUAUCUGUGAGGGGUACGCGGCGGCCCAUGGACUAAGGUACAAUGUUAAGAAAAGUGAACUUCUCGUUUUCAAGGCUGGAACUAGAAAACUGAGAGCAGUUCGUAGA